AUGACGCCUCUCACUGAGGAUAGCGGCGAAACGUUUGGGAAUGUACCCAGCCAAUGGUCGAAUGCAGGAAAUCACAAAUACUAUGGCAGAGGACACGGGACUUGGUUGGGCCGUACACCCAUAAUGGCUGCUGUUGUGGCAGGUCACCCUAAGGUUGUCCACCUAUUACUAACAUGGGGAUGUGCAGUGCAUUCAGUUGAUGCUGCCGGACGGUCUCUUCUCAGCCAAGCAGUUGCAGCCUCUCCAACGUGCUCUCCUUCUAACUCCUUCUCUUCUCAUAAGUCACGAGAUGCCCUCGAGGUAGUGAGAGAACUACUCGCUCGAGGACUAGAUGAAGCGCACAAGGAUAAUUCGGGAUCUACUCCACUUCAUCUUGCUACAGAAGCCGGAAGGACAGACAUGGUUCAGUAUGGCUUUAUCAUUAUUUUGAAAUAUGACAUAUUAUUCCUCUUACUACAAGCCGGCGCCAGCCCCAAAGUACAAGACAACUCAGGCUCGACUGUUUUGCUUGUCGCCUGUCAGAAUGGAUAUCCUCUCAUCUCUCUAUUUUUGCUAGCUGCAUGCGCCUCUCCCUUAUCGCCACCUUCUGUAUUUGCCAAAUAUAAUCCCCCUCAAGACACUUCAUUGUUGUCUCCUGCAGUAACUACAUUCAAAGACGAAUUUUUCCCCUUCACCAAAUUGCCUACUACUACUGCCAACCCAGAAAGUUGCGCUUUCUCUCCUGUAAUAUCUAGUUGCACAGCAGGUCGGCAGCCAAAUUCGCCCCUUAAGCCGAAUAGCUACAAUGUUCGAAAGUCCAGCCAAUUACUAAAUUUGUGCGCCACCCCUGAAACGCGAAGGCUCGUGAAUCAGGCUGAUUUGGAAGGAAGAUCACCACUAAUGAUUUCGGCUUUAAAAAAACAAGAAAAAUUAGUGCAGUUAUUGCUUGCUUUUGGGGCAGACCCUAAUUCACAGAUUAGAUCCGUUUUUUAA